GGACGCUUACGCUAAUCUUGUCGAUGAUGUUAGCUAAUCAAGCAAGCUGAACAUGUCAAAAUGACCACGUCCUAAUUAACCACAGUAUUUCCCUAAUUAGUACAACUAGCUAGCAACCUAGUUAAGUGUUGUUGUUUUUUCCGUUGGCGUUGUUUUAAAUUCACAUUUUAAUAGCAUUGGAGAUUUGGAACCACCACAAUAGUUAAUCGCUAACGUUAGCUAGCAAGUCGGCUAGCCUGGAACUUCUGUAACUGCAAGCGCGCCUGAUGUCUGCCGAGGCUUCUGCAGGGAGUGUGGCAGCUGCCUCCGUCCCCGCCACCAAGUCGUCUGGCUGGGGCAGCGAGGAGAAGGGGGUUGGAGGGGGUCUUGCGGGGAGUAAAUAUGUGAAGCUGAAUGUUGGGGGCUCCCUGCAUUACACCACGGUACAGACCCUGAGUAAAGAGGACGGCCUACUAAGGAGCAUGUGCAAUGGAGGAGCAGAGGUCACCAUAGAUUCAGAGGGCUGGGUAGUGUUGGACAGGUGUGGUCACCAUUUUGGCUUGGUGCUGAACUUUAUGCGGGACGGCUCGGUACCGCUUCCAGAGUCCCACCGAGAGCUGGAGGAAGUUCUGAAGGAAGCUCAGUACUACAGGGUGCAGGGACUAGUCCAGCACUGCACCUCUGCCAUGCAGAAACAAAGGGACGUCUAUGAGGGGGUAUGCCGCAUUCCCAUGAUUACCUCAGCCAAAGAAGAACAGAGAAUGAUAACCACCUGCAGGAAGCCUGUAGUAAAACUACAGAACAACAGAGGGAACAACAAGUAUUCAUACACCAGUAACUCGGAUGACAACCUGCUGAAAAACAUUGAGCUGUUUGAUAAACUGGGGCUGCGCUUCAACGGGCGUGUCCUGUUUGUCAAGGACGUGCUCGGGGACGAGAUCUGCUGCUGGUCUUUCUACGGUGAGGGCCGCAAGAUCGCAGAGGUGUGCUGCACGUCCAUUGUCUACGCCACUGAGAAGAAACAGACCAAAGUGGAGUUUCCUGAAGCGCGCAUCUUUGAGGAGACCCUCAACAUCCUCAUCUAUGAGAAUGGGCGUGGUUCUGGCCCGGGAGGCGUGGCCCUUUUGGAGUCGUCAUCACCUGGGGCCAGCCAAUCCGAGGAGGAGUGGGCCAGCGCAGGGGACCGAAGGGUGAGGAGGAUCCACGUGAGGAGGCACAUCAUGCACGACGAGAGAGGACACGGCCAACAGACUGUGUAUAAGGACUGAGAAGAAAUUAUGAACUGUGGGGGUAAGGAGAGGAUGAAGAGAGGGAGGGUUGUUUGGCGGCAGGGUGUUUGCAUGGAGAGGUUAGGGUGGAUGUUUAGUAGGGGGGGUGGGACAGGUUCUUAUAAGGAAGGAGGUGUGUGGAUGCUUAUUACCAAGGACUGCAAUAUAUAUAUACAAUUUUUUUUUUUUGCCUGAUCGGAAAACAAAGAUGGGACUAUUACACUAAUCAACGUGCACACAUUGGGGAGAAGGGUAGAGAGAAUUGGACCAAAGCAUAGGUCUGCAAAUACCUAAGGGCCAGUUGGGGCUAUCUCCCGACCAGGCUUGGGUGGUGGGAAUGUGACUGGAAGAUGGAGGGUUUCGCUGGUUCAACUAAGGUACUUUAACUCUGCACUAAAAGGGAACAGGGAGGGUGAAGUGGGGUGGUGAUAGUAGGUUAGAGGAAACGUGACUGCGGAGCAUCUGCUGGAUGUUUAUUCCUUUUGAAUUGAUUACUGUUGUAUUUGUCUCUUUAUUUGUUAUUAUUUUGUUAAUUUGUCCUUUUUUUUAUAUAACUUUAAAUAAAUUAUUUAUUAUUUAUUCUGUAUAGAUGUUGGUGGGGAUUGUGUGAGUGGUGAGGUGCUGAAAAAAUGUUUUGACCAGUUUACACACUGAUCGCUUUCUGAACCGACACUUGAUGCCAUGCUCAUCCAAUAUGUUGAGGCAAUGUGACGUAUGGCCAUGUCAUGUUUAACAGCCAUGUGAGUUCAUGUUGACACAUUGACGUGCUUAAACCAUGUUUUAAUAUUUUUGUCCAUGAUGCUACCGUGCCUAAUUGAAACAGGAUUUCAUGUUGGGUCUGAUGGUGAAAUCAGGCUUUAUUUGGCUGUCUAAAAAUCAUUUUGAUUAAGUCUUGGUAUUCAAUUUGGUACAUAUUCCUUUGUCACAGUAAAGUCUGAUCACAAAAAGGGAAGGCCAUUUUUUUCCCCAGGUGAAAUGUAAGAGGUGAUCUGAACCUGGGAAGUGUUUUUGUAUGUCCCAAUGGUUAUUAUUGGACACUUGUUAACCCAUAGACGCAAGUAAUAUGGCAGGUAAAUCUCACAUCCUAAUCCUAGAAAAAAAUGCUUGGGGCAGUCCUGGAAUAAAACGCAUUUGCAAAUGUUUUUUGAAUCCAGGACUAGGGGCGUAAUCUGGGUCUAGGAAACGGCCCAUAAUGUCUGCCAAGAUGCGCAAAACAUAUUUUUUCGUAAAAUGUUCUUUAUGAUAUUGUAACUGUCUGUGGUUUCGAUAUUUUAUGGACCAUCAACAUUCUCAAUAAAAGUCUAAAACCUG